CAUCAAGGAAUCGCAGAGUUUUGAUUUGCGCACGCAUACGCACCAACUUUACUCAUUUGCUUGCUUUAUUUGAAUGACACGCUCAGACGUUUUUCGAGCUGGGAAUUUGGACUCAACAAGGAUGCCGUGCGCGAUGAGGGUGUCUCUAGUGUACGCGGCGCAUGUGCGGAGCCGCUAGUGGACAACUCGCGGGGUAACUCGCGGAGAUGCGGUUGUUGGGCUGGAGCGUGCUGUGGGUUCUGGCUGCGACGUUGCAAGCCCAGAACGACACGGAGCCCAUCGUGCUGGAGGGCAAGUGUCUGGUGGUCUGUGAUUCCAACCCGGCUGCCGACUGGCGGGCGUCCAACUCGCCACUCGGCAUCUCGGUGCGCGCCGCCAACUCCAAGGUGGCUUUCUCGGCGGUGCGGAGCAACAACCAUGAACCCUCCGAGAUGAGCAACAAGACCAGGAUCAUCUACUUCGACCAGGUUCUGGUAAAUAUUGGAAACUUCUUCACAUUUGAGUCUGUGUUUUUGUCCCCAAGAAAAGGAGUCUACAGUUUCAACUUCCAUGUCAUUAAAGUGUACCAGAGCCAGACCAUACAGGUGAACCUAAUGUUAAACGGGAGGCCCGUCAUUUCAGCGUUUGCGGGGGACAAGGACGUAACUCGCGAGGCCGCCACGAAUGGAGUUCUGCUCUAUCUGGAAAAGGAGGACAAAGUCUACCUGAAAUUGGAGAAGGGCAACCUGGUCGGCGGAUGGCAGUACUCGACAUUUUCCGGCUUUCUCGUCUUUCCUCUGUGAAUAAUAAGAAAACCACAACGGUUUGUAAAGUGACCGACUUCUCUUUCGUGAUGUGUCGUCGCUGCAUAAAUAAAAACAUGACUGCCAAAGCAGCAUCACAAAACUGGGUUUUGAAGAUGCUUUGUUUAGCGUGAUCCUGUCAAUCAAGAUGCUCCCAGAGAGAAGCCUUCCACACCCUGCAAGCGCUUUGUUGUCAUGACAACUGUUGCUCAGGUGUGUCUGCCUUUUUGCUAACUGAGCUCUUUAGUUUGUCGCUAAAACCCAUUUGAUAUGACAUCUGCUUUAAACGUAGCUAACCUCCCAAACAUACCCUCAAUUAAAAAAAAAUACAUGUCCGUUAUAUGACAACGAUGAAAACAGCUUUUUAUUUUUCUAUAUGCUGUAUAUGUGAUAUAUUAAAAUGAAUGUCCAUAG